AUAGACCUGCGGGGCAGCGCGUAGUGAGCAGGCGGCACGCUGCGGGGAAAUGAAACACGCUGCGGGUCCUGAAGCAGCAGCAGCAACAGACGAGGAGCCGGGCAGAGCCGUUCACUUCUCCUCCGCCGGCGGCCUCCUUCUCCUUCUCCUUCUCCUCUCUCAGCGGGACGUCGCGCGCCGUCCGGGAUCAUGCUGUUUCCCCACGAGUUGUUAUCGGCUUAUUGGAUCGCAGCUGAGUGAAAGGGAAAGUCCACACGGGAUUUGAACCUACGCACUUGCCACACCGUGGAUGAAGUCUCCGCGGACUUGAUGUCUGAAUAACUCCCCACGGAUUGUUUUUCUUUCUCCCUCUUCUACUUCUUCUUAUAUCUCCGGGAUUAAUCAUUUUAAACGCCGGAGAAAUGAUGAUUUUAUUCGCUAUGAUCCUGGCCGUGUUGUCAAAUCCAGGUCUGUCGGUGGCGGUGUUCCGUGCCGGCGUGGCCCCCCGCUGCGACAGCCGGGCCUGCAACCCCCGCAUGGGCAACCUGGCCCUGGGCCGCCGGGUCCUGACGCAGACCGUCUGCGGCAACAACGGCACGGAGCUCUACUGCUCGUACGCCGACCCCAACGCCAACCGGGCGUGCGACGCCGUGGCGUGCGCCAAGUGCAACGCCGGCCUGCCCCUCCUGUCCCACCUGGCCGGCGCCAUGUCGGACUCCUCCUUCCGCCACCCCAACACCUGGUGGCAGUCGGCCGAGGGGGCGGAGUCCGAGACGGUGCAGCUGGACCUGGAGGCGGAGUUCUUCUUCACGCACCUCAUCGUGGUGUUUCGCUCGCCGAGGCCCGCCGCCAUGACCCUGGAGCGCUCGCAGGACUUCGGGAGGUCGUGGAAGACGCUGCAGUACUACGCCGGCAACUGUAGCGCCGCCUUCGGGAUGGAGGAGGGGAAGGCGGGGCGGGACGGGGCCGCCUGCACCGACAAAUACUCCGGGGCGUACCCCUGCGACCGUGGAGAGGUGAUCUACCGCACCCUCCCGAAGUGGGAGUCCCUGGACCCGUUCGGGGUCGAGGGCCAGCAGCAGCUGAGGGUGACCAACAUCCGGAUCCGGUUGCUGAAGCGGCAGUCGUGCCCAUGCCAGGCCAAAGACCUCGCCUCGGCGCGCGAGGCUCCUCCCACUCGCCACUUUGCCGUCUACGACCUGGUGGUGAAGGGGAGCUGCCUCUGCAACGGACACGCCGAGCAGUGCGUCGCCGCCCCGCGCUACCGGCCCGUCAGAGACCGCACCAACCACGUGGUCCAUGGGAAGUGUGUGUGCCGACACAACACCGCAGGUGAUCACUGCGAGCGUUGCUCUCCGCUCUACAACGACCGACCGUGGCAGCCGGCCGACGGACUGACGGGGGCACCGCACGAAUGUCGGAAGUGCAAGUGUAACGGUCAUGCUCACAGCUGCCGCUUCGACUGGGCGGCGUGGCGCGAGUCCGGCCAGCGCGGCGGCGGCGUCUGCGACUGUCUGCACGACACCGAGGGGCGCCAGUGUCAGAGGUGCAGAGCCGGCUUCCACCGAGACCCCCAGAGGCCGCCGACGGCCCCCGGCUCCUGCAAACCAUGCAGCUGUCACCCCCUGGGCUCCAUGCCCUUCCACCUGGCCCAGGGCUCGCUCUGCGACCCGUCCAACGGAAACUGCGUCUGCAAACCCGGCGUGGGGGGCAGCCAGUGCGACGGCUGCAUGGUGGGCUACUGGGGCUUCCACGAGUACGGCUGCCGGCCCUGCGACUGCGCCGGAGACUGCGAUCCGUUUACCGGAGACUGCGUGUUCGGCUCUGAUCUGGACCUGUACAACUUGGAGGGAAACUCCAGCGAGCCGGCGAGGAUCUUCAGAGCAGACGAACUCUUCUCUGCCCUCCACUACUCAGAGAAGUGCGAGUGCAAAGAGCAGGCGCUGACCAACAGCAAACUCUUCUGCACCACGAGUUAUGCGUACGUCCUGAAGGUGAAGGUGCUGUCGGCCCACGACAAGGGCUCCCACGCCGAGGUGGAGGUCAAAGUUCAGAAGGUGCUCGCCCAGAACACCAAGCUGAAGAUCCAGAGGGGUCGGGUCACUCUUUACCCCGAGUCCUGGACCGCCCGGGGCUGCACCUGCCCGAUCCUCAACCCAGGUCUGGAGUACCUGGUGGCGGGUCACUCGGACCGCAAGCACGGCCGCCUCCUGGUCAACAUGAAGAGCUUCGUCAAGCCCUGGAAGGCCAGCCUGGGGCGCAAAGUCCUCACGCUGCUCAAGAGAGACUGCAACUGGUAGACGCGAACGCCUCGGACGUUGACAUGAACCAUAUGAAAAACAGUUUUUUAUUUUGUAUUCCUCUGCCGUCGUCCAAUGGGGAGCCGGCGGGGCUCUGCGCCGGCUAGAAGAAGCACACGCGGACACGUUUUUCUUCUUCUUCUCUUGCUGCUGUAAAUGGAGGAAAAAUGGAGGAUUCUUCAGCGCUUUCUGGCCCCGAUGCUCUCCUCUUCCCUCUGGAAGGCGUCGGCGUGCUUUACAAACUGAACCGCUUCCUCUCUGCAGCACUUUAGCCUAAAGAUGGAGCGAGGAAAAUAAAGCGCAAAGCACCCCAGAGCGAACAAGCCAUACAAGCCACUACAGGUGGUUAGAUCUUAGCCAGUCCAGGUGUGCCUGUGUUGAAAUCGGAGCGAAUGGAUUCUUCUUCUUUUUUUUUUUAACCCUAACGUAAAUGGAUUUGCCUGUUUUUGCAAAUGUGUGUGUGUGUGAGACGUGUGUUUGAGAGCACAGUCCAGAGUCUUCCCUGUAGGUUCAUGAUUCAUCUCCAAUGACACUAAAUCCAGAAGAUGCUUUGUUAUUCUCCACCCCCUUUGUUGUGCUCUUGUACAGUAUUAUUUGUAUAUAUCUAUAUAAAUAUUAAGUUCCUUUCCCCCCCCCCCCUUUUGUUUAAUUGUUUUUGUACAUGGUGAUAUUAAAGGAUGAUUACAG